AUGCCGGAAAUCAUAAACGACAGAGACCUUCCCCGGAUCCUCAGCACCCCCACAAAGCAAAUCAAAUUCGCGAAGAAGCUGGUAGCCGAGCAGCUGGGGGUGACUGUAAAGCGCGGAGGCGUUUUAAGGGCCCCGAUCCAGGGAAUGUUCAGUCGUACCCAUUUCCUCAAGUUGUCCGACGGACGCGAAAUCGCGCAACAGUUUCGCACUGAACCGCUCGACCUGGCUAGCUUCAUCACCGCGAGAAAAGUCCUCGGAUGCGUCGUACCGGAGGUGAUCGCCUUGGAGAGUGAGGAACUUCGCAAGGAAGGUGUUUGGGCCUACUCACUUACUCGCAUUCUCGGCCAGACAUGGCUCCGCGGGGUCGCUGGAAAAGGCGCCGAGGGUCGAGUCGCGAUCAACAAGUCGCUCGGCCAGGUGUUCGCCAAAGGUUUCAUGGCCGCCACGAGUGAAAAGGCUGUUGAGGAGCACGUCCGGCCGCACCUUGAGGCUAUCCUCGCGUCUGAGCAAGAGGAAGUUAUCGCAUACCGUCCUCAUGUCCAAGCCAUGGCCGACAAGCUGGAUGAGCUUAAAAAGUUUCCGCUCUGGAUCGCUCACUACGACCUCAACGACGUCAACAUCCUGAUCGACGAUGAUUGCAACGUGACCGGAUUGGUUGACUGGGAGCUAUCGACACCUCUGCCAUUCGGAGCUGGAUUGGGGCGCAUCCAUACCAUCGCCGGCGAAUACCACGACGGGGAAUUUUGGAUGCCUGAUGAGUUUGAGGACGCCGAGAGAGCCUUUUGGAACGGACUGUUUGAUGGAAUGGAUAUCAACGUCAGGGAAAUGCUGGAGAAAAACAUCGACCUUGUUCAGGACGCGGUUCAACUUGGGACUUUGUUGGAUUGCUUUUUCUUUUUAGACGGCAAGGUUGGAUUCAGUCCUGUGUCUCUCAAGGCUUUUCCGAAGUUCCUUACUUAUCGCAUACCGUUUGUCAGAGGCGACGAGGGACCGUACAGCAGCGAGGUUUAG